UGAUGCCAACAAAUACUGCAGGUGCUUACCACCUGACAAAAAAUUCAGUCGCAGACUAGCCCUUAGGAGCUUCUAGAACAACCAUCACUCCAGUUUCUAGUGCUGACAAGAGAUGAAACAUGAGAGAGAAUGCCAUACGUGCCGAUCAUCUUCACAUGCAUGCGUUCGCUGCUGAUUAACCACCACCAUCACCAUUUUCGUUUCACCUUCUCUUAUAUAUAUAUACCCACCACUCCAACAUCAACACUUGCAUCUCCCAUCAACCAUGUCGUCCACCUUGGCACUAGCCAUCACCUUGGCUCUCGCCGCCAUUGUCGCCGCGGCGGAUGAGCCGUCCACCGCGAACCUUACCCUCCACAACCUCUGCCCCUUCCCGGUCUGGCCGCUCGUCACGGCCAACGCUGGCCUCCCUUCCGUCCCCGUCGGCGACGACGGCGAGCCCGUGGGACGCCUCGACGGCAGCGGCGAGGGCCUGGCGACCCUCGCGUUCCCGCCCGGCGCGUGGUCCGGCCGCGUGGUGGCGCGCACCGGCUGCGCCGAGGACGUGGUCGACGCGUCGCCCGUCCGGUGCGAGACCGGGGACGCGCCGCCGGUGACGGUGGCGCAGGUGAGCGUGGGCGGGCCGGGCGGGCUGGCGGCGUACAGCGUGAGCUUGGUGGACGGGUUCAACGUGGCCGUGGUGAUCACGCCGCACGGGUUCGCGGAGGGCCGGCAGUGCCCGACCCUGGGCUGCGCCGUGGACCUCGGCGCGGUGUGCCCCGGAGACGCCAGGGCGCCGGGGGGCGGGUGCGGGGCCGGGGCGACGGCGGCGGGGGUGUUCAAGGAGAGCGCAUCGACGUACCGGACGCCGGUGUUCAUCGGCCUCCUGGCCGUCAUGUGCUUUGCCGUGGUGCUCCUGAUGCACCACUGCGUCCUCGUCACCUGCUGCCACGCCGCCGAUAGGAGGCGCCGCCGCAACCACCACCGAGGCGCCGCCACGGCGGGCGGCGCGCGGCAGCAGCAGGAGGAGGAGAGCUACAGCGUGGAGCUGAGCUCGUCGUCACGGGUGCACCUAGUGCAGUCGGCGGCGGUGGUGUGCCCCUACCGGAAGGAGGAGGCGUGGAGCGAGUCGACGUGCCCCGUGUGUCUGGCGGACUUCGCCGACGGCGAGGCGGUGCGCGUGCUCCCCGAGUGCAUGCACUACUUCCACGCCGACUGCAUCGACACCUGGCUGCGGGGGAGCACCAGCUGCCCGAUGUGCCGCGCCGAGACCACGCCGACGCCCACCCCCACCCCCGGGUCGCUGCACCACCAGCUCUCGCUCUCCGUCUCCCUCGAAGAGAUCCUCGUGCGCACGUAGCAGCGCCUCCCCUCCCUGGAUUGGAGUACCGACGGCGUACCUUGUGUUAGAGGCUUAGAGCAACCAUGCCGGGCUCGCCGGAGACGAUGGCCGGCGGGGAAGAACAGGGGAAGCUGACUAGGAGGAAGCAGAGUGUUGCUCUGUUUCGUUUUCAGGGGAAGAAGAGUAGAGCAAAGCAGAGCGUUGGUUUGAUCCAUU